CAAUCACACGUGCCAUUAUAAAACAGACGAAACUCAAAAUUUACAUAUCGAGUUCCGAUUCGAAAAUAAACGGAUUUUAUAAGUUAUAGCGAAGGUAAAUUACCAAGGACAUUGUCUUAAUAAUGGGUAGAUUAAGGAAGAAGCGAAUGCACAAGAAUGAUAAGCAUCUGAAGAAGAAAUAUCGGACACGAAACAAGACCAAAGAUUUGGAUCAAAUUCAUGAAGAUAUGGUUCCUCAAAAAGCGUCGAAACUUCUUUCACAGGAUACAGAUAUAGAUUUACCUGGAUGUGGACAGUUUUACUGCCUCCAGUGUGCGAGAUAUUUUACUGAUGACAAAAGUCUGCAAGAUCAUUUUAAAGGAAGAGUUCACAAGAAACGAUUACGAAUGUUAAAAGAAGUGCCAUAUACCAUAGAAGAGGCAGAAAAAGCAGCGGGUAUGGGUUCAUAYACACUAACAUCUACUAGACCACUACUACCAAAAGACACUGACAUGAACACUGAUCAAGAUUCUUUGAAAACAGAAGAGAAAAUGGAUGGAUGAAAACUUUUGAUGGCAUAAAAAGUAAUAGAGUAAUAAAAAAAUAUAAAAUGUUUCAA